AAACCAGGUAGAGUGAUCAUCGAAUGUUUGAAAGACAAGUUUCCUAAGAAUCUAAUUUUGAAAUGUAGAAUGCAAGUUAUUAGCUAGCUAGGCUGGGAUAGCUUAUUAUGUUUUCCUUAGCUUAGGAAACAAACAAUUAAUAAUAACUUAAUUACAGUUUUCGAUGCACAAAAGAAUAUAAAGUCAUUGACUAACACACAAAACAAAUAAUAUUUUAGCUUCUCAGCAUGUUAUUUUCAUUGCUUCACACAUCAUUCAUACCCUUCCAACAAGCCAAAUAAUACCUUAUUCCCUUUUUCUUUUCAACAAAUUAAAUAUAAUGGCUUCCUCCAAUCAUCACCUUCUUCUUCUUCUUCUUAAUUAUUUUUCGAAGAAAAAAAUCGAAAAAGAAAAUCAACAUGGAAGAUGGAAACAUGAUUGCUGCAGAUUGCAUUGUCAUAUGUUGUUGUUGCCAAUGUAUGAUCCUCCAAAUCAUAAUCUUCAUACUAGUCAAACUUCCAAACAAACUACUCAAAAAGACGAGAGAAUAUGCCAAAAGAUUCCGAUCCCAACGGAGAAAGAGACGAAGAACAAAGAAGAUUAUCACGCAGAUUGAAAUAACGACGAGAAAAAGAUACGACGAAGACAGCUUAAGUGCAAGUUUUGGAAAUUCAUUCAGAGUCGAAUCGUUUCGGUUUGGUAGUAGUUGUGAUUGCAUGCAUGAAAUAGAGAGCGUUUUGGAAGAUUUUUCGAGCAGGGGUGAAUUUGCUUUCGGAAGUUUUUGGGGUGGGGAAGCUUCUAGAAGUUUCCGAUCUUGCUGUCUGAACGAGGAGGUGCUUGAUUACGACAACGUUGGAUUUCGUUUGAUGGAAUUGUUUGGCGGAGCAAAUUUCUCUUGUCAUCAUUAAUAUUUAGUUCUUGAAAAUUUCUCGUUGAUAAUAUAUAUCGUUCAGUA